AUGACUGCUAUCACAAUUCGAUUGGUUGGAGAAAACGACGAUCGUUUGUUCAAGGGUAUCGAAGUGGAUAAUAAGAUUCCUUAUGUUGACCUAAAGAAGCGUAUUGAGACUUUUACGAAGAUUCAUCCCGACUUCCAAGAACUCCGAUUCCGUGGUGAUGAGCUACCCGAUGUUGAGCGUCCUCUUCAAGACAUCAAGUUUGGCGAGGAACUCGUUGUGAAACACACAUCCCUUCUUCAAUGGAAGAAUUACUUAACGAUAGUGCAAAAGUUUCGUGAAGCCAAGGAAAAUCGUUCAAGGCAGAAAAGAGUCGUUGAAGCUAAUGAGCAAGCGAAACAAUUAUACGAUGUGAAGUUUUUCUCUGCUUAUGCGACAUUCUAUUCGGAUUGGCUCCGUAUGCGAGAGGAGUAUGCCGUUUUUCUGGACAAUGUUCCGGAUUUUAUCAAAUAA